GUUAGCAAGCCACCUACACGAUUAUUCUUUUUACUGUCAUCGCCGUCGCCUCCUCAAGAACAAGUAAAAUGGCGCAAAGAGUUACCCUUCGAAAAAGACAACCCUACAAUACCAAGUCCAGUGGGCGGAGAGUAGUAAAAACCCCAGGGGGGAAACUCAUCUACCACACCGUCAGGAAGAGGGCUUCUUCACCUAAAUGUGGUGAUUGUGGUACUGCUCUUGCAGGGAUUCCUGCCCUUCGACCUCGUCAAUACGCCGUCAUUUCCAAGAGACAAAAAACAGUCAACAGGGCUUAUGGUGGUUCAAGAUGCGGUGACUGCACAAAGCAACGGAUUCUUCGGGCGUUUCUGGUAGAAGAGGCGAAGAUCGUCAAGCGCGUCAUCAAAUCGCAGCAGAAAAAGUAACUCAUCCCGACCUUCGUUAUCCUCCACCCAUCAUGAUAUGUCCGAUAUGUACUAUGCAUAUGGCACGACUUGAUUUUUUUCCGCGGCGACACGUAGCACAGGAGUAAGAUACAGAUGAUGUUCGUCGAUAUCGCUCAAGAGGAGGUAAUGAUGUUGGUUGGAGGAACGCGUAGAAAAAGUCAUUUCUGAUUUUCCUUUGUUACGCCAAUCAGGGGGUACUAGAGGGUUCCGUGACCUUCCUACCGCUACUCUGCACCACCACGGCGAUCGGUUGCUACUUCAUGGGGUUGUGGACCCCCGGACUCGAGCCAUUUUACCUCUACUUACAAAUCUAGC